AUGUCGUCAUCCGAGGAUUGGUCAGAAUCGCCAGUCUGUAACACUGGGGCAUCCGUGUCGCAAAAAGUCCAGAUUGUCCAGCGUCUACAGACGCCGCAGCCAUCCACAAUCAUCCAACCUAGCCAGAUAGUUCAGCGUGCUCAGAUCAAUCAGCCUACCGAGACCGCACAGUUUAUGCCUGCAAUACAGCCUCCCCAGAUCGUCCAGCCUGGCCAGAUUGGUCUACAUGCCCAGAUCGUCCAGCCUGAGCAGAUCGUCCAGCCUGAGCAGAUCGUCCAGCCUGAGCAGAUCGUCCAGCCUGAGCAGAUCGUCCAGCCUGAGCAGAUCGUCAAGCCUGAGCAGAUCGUCCAGCCUGAGCAGAUCGUCCAGCCUGAGCAGAUCGUCCAGCCUGAGCAGAUCGUCCAGCCUGAGCAGAUCGUCCAGCCUGAGCAGAUCGUCCAGCCUGGCCAGAUUGUUCUACCUCCCCAGGUCGUCCAGCCUGAUCAGCUCGUCCAGCCAACCCAGGUCGUCCCGUUUAAUCCUGUCGUCCCGCAUUUCCAGCAAAUCCAGCCCGGUCAGAGUACCCAGAUCAGUCAGCCUGUUCCGGUGGGUCUCUUUCCCACUUCGGUGCCAUAUUUUCAGCUACCACAACCUGUUCAGACACUACAGCCUGCCCACACUGCACCUCAUGUGCAGAUCGUCCAGCCUGCCCAGACAGUCCAGCCUGCCCAGACCGUUCAGCCUGCUCCAAUGCUCCAGCUUCCCCCUCGGGAGACCUAA